CAGGCAGGAAAAAGCGCCAACUUCUGCUGCACCGUCUGGAUCGUCAAAUAAUCUGUAAAUGGCUGUAACACUGGAUAUUCUGUGAAACAUAUUGAACUUCAGUUUGGAAUGACCCAUUCAGUGAGGUGCGCUGUUGCAUCUUAGUAGAAAAAAUAAUCUCCCUCGAGGUACCGGAGAAAAGAUGCCAGGCCUGCAGGGUGAAAGUGUUUCGGGGACGCUGGGGAGCCCCGUCAAGAAGAGCAAACUCUCUCUGAAGUUCCUCCAGAAGAAAGAAACUAAACGGGCUCUGGAUUUCUCUGAACCGCAGGCAGAUGAACCUAAAACGUUUGAACCAGUGGAGCCCGAGGCCAGCAGCUGUGAUCAGGUGGUCCCUGGUCCUUCUCCAUGUCCAGCCUCGCCUGGCCUUCUCCUGCCAUGCGAGAAGAGAGAGAACUUGGUCCCAUUUGUGGGGCUCAACAACUUGGGCAACACCUGCUAUUUGAACAGUGUCUUACAGGUCCUGUACUACUGCCCAGGGCUCAGAGAGGGCAUGAAGAUUCUACACAACCUGUCUAAGAGAAAAGACAAAGCAAAGGGAGAAACUAAUAAAAGCGAAGAGCAGUCAGAAGUUGUAGCCGAGGCUUUGCCGCCUCAAAUUGAGCUGCUCGGGAGCUUCAACAGUCUGAUAACAUCAGUGGAGCAGCUGCAGUCCAGCUUCCUGCUGAACCCCGACAGCUUCAGUGAAGGAGAGCUGGCCACACCGCCUCGUAAGAUACUCCACACACUCAGGCAGCUGAACCCCAUGUAUGAAGGUUGUCUUCAACACGACGCCCAGGAGGUGCUGCAGUGCAUCCUGGGAUAUAUCCAAGAGGCUUGUGACACCAUGAGGAGGCAGCAGGAGUUGGAGAGGAAGGACGACGACCUGACCAAGGUUAAAACCGAGAAUGGUGUCGAUUUGGGUUCCGGCGCCUCUGCAGCAGAAUCCAGCGCUCCCACAGAAGAGGACGGCCAAGUCAGCGGCAAGAGGAAGAGUGACACUGAAGUGGGAAAUGCCAAAAAGAAGCCAAAAUCUGUCAAGUCUAACAAAUCUGAGGCAGAGGAAGGAGUGAGAAAUAAACCCCUCACACGCUCCAAAAGGAGGUCCUCCAGUGACAUCACUGUAGACAGCACCCAAGACAAAGAUAGAGAGGGUGAGGCAGAGGAUGAGGGGGUGAAGAAGCUGCAUCGGGAGGAGGAGGGAGGGAGUGACAGUGAGGAGAAAGGUGAAAAGGCAUCUAAAGAGGCAGAUGGGAAAAGAAAGAAGAGGGUUAAGCUGAGCUGGCUGAGGCCUUCUGGCAAACAGCCGAGUAUAUUCUCCAAGUUCCGUAGCGUGGGGAAGAUCAGCUGCACGACUGUGAAGAACCAAAACAAACCAGAGCAGAACGGGCUGACUCACGACCAAAGUCCAAAUGAGAAGACCAGUGAGGAGCGAUCGCCACAAAACAUGGCAGAAGACAAGAAGGCAAUGAAACCUCAAGAUUCAGAGGGCCUGGAUCUGAUGAAGCACUUGUUCCAGGGCCAACUGGUUCUGAGGACUCGCUGUCUGGAGUGUGAGAGCUUCACAGAGAGGAGAGAAGACUUCCAGGACAUUAGUGUCCCAGUGCUUGAUGACCAACCCAGCAGCUCGGACGACAUCUCUGAGGUCUCUCCUGAUCCUAAACCAGAGCUGAAGACACUGAAAUGGGCCAUCGGUCAGUUUGCUUCAGUGGAGCGCAUCGUCGGGGAGGACAAAUACUUCUGUGAGACCUGUCAUCAUUACACAGAGGCCGAGAGAAGUCUGCUGUUUGACAAAACUCCUGAAGUGAUCACCAUUCACCUGAAGCGCUUCUCUGCCAACAGUUUAGAACUGGACCCGUAUGCGGGUCUGUCUAAAGUGAACACUCCUUUGCAGACCCCUUUGACCUUGUCUCUGGAGGAGUGGUGCACCCGACGUUCGUCCACGAAGGGUCCACACUAUCAGCUGUUUGCUGUGGUCAUGCACAGCGGCGUCACCAUCAGCAGCGGCCACUACACCGCCUACGUCCGCAUGUCUGGUCUGAAAGAGGUGAAGCUCUGGCUGCGGGACAGAAAAGAACCAGAGGAGGAGGAGGAGGAGGAACAGAAAGAGGCAACGCGGGUGAAAGACGGAGUGCUGGAUUAUGAUGAUGGGGAGGUGUCGUUUAGCCUGAAUGCAAGGAGAGGUGCAUGUUUGGCCAGCAGCAAAACGGGAGGCAAGAAGCCGUUAGAGGGUGGGGUUGGACUCCUGGGGGGCCAGAGGAGUUUGUCCAGUUAUGACCUCGGGAACGGCAGCAGCACACACACAGAGAGAGCAGCCGGUGGUGGAGCAACAGAGGGAUCCAGACGGAGAAAGAGCAACAGCCUGGGCCAGAAUACUGAAGCAGGACUUAAAAAGGAGCCCGGGGUAGGAGAGGAGGCAUCGAUGGCUCCCUGUGGUGGGGUGGAGACCACAGAGCAGCAGGCUCUGAACAACCUCCUUGAAUACGAGGGCAAAUGGCUGCUGUUUGAUGACUCUGAGGUGCGUAUGUUUGAGGAGGAGGACUUCCUGCGAGCCUGCUCUCCUCAGACAUACUCCUCAUCGACUCCGUACCUGCUGUUCUACAGAAAGAUGCCUGAUCCUGCACACUGAUGUGAACACCGGGGCUGCUGUUGACUCAGGAGGAUGUGCCAGUCGGGCGUUUUGGCACCUGAGCACCCAGACAGAGAACAGUUGAACUUUGCUACACAGCAAAUGGUGCCAAAAAUACUGUGGCUGCCAUAUUGGCACCUGAACUGAAGCUACUUUUCAGAAUCCCGUACUGCAAUCUGUUCUCACUGUGGGACCAAAGCUGUUCACACCUUCUCAUGGACUCGUAUGCUGGGACAAAUGGGGAUUCGUCUACAUGCCAGGGAUAACUUUAGCCUUUUUGAGACUUUUUUUUUUAAUGUGACUCUCGUCUCUGCAAACUGAAUCCAGUGGCCUGUCUUUUUUGUUUGAAGGACACUGGCUUUGAUACUUUUUCUGUCAUUGUCUUCAACAUGUCCUGUUUUUGAUGUUUUCUCAGCUAUUGAUUUUGUAUGGUUCCUUUUUACAAAUUGGAAAAGCACUUUCAAACUAAAAUCUAAUUAAGUAACAAUGCAAGAUGUUUUUUUUCCUCCUAUCUGAUCACUUUUCUAUAAUCCAUUCAUUUGCAUUUACGGGAGACUUCCAGUGCUGUGUAUAUUUGGAAUUACUCAACUAAAAGCCAAAAUAAGAGCCAAAUAAGACAAAAAAAAAUCCUUUCUGUUUGCAAAGCAGCAGACUAUUCUCCAUGAGGUUAGAGAGAAUGUGCUGCAGAUUUUUCUUCCUGCAAUAUUUUUUGUCAUUUUGAAGAAAAGCCUUUGCCCACCUCCCAUAACAACUGCUCAAAGUCUUGCACAGAUGCCUUAUUCUACAAACAUAUUUCAUGUAAAUCAGAAGCCUGGAAUUGGUACAGUCUAAACAGGAAUAACCAACAGUGUUGGACUGACUUACCAUAUUUACAAUAAUGGCAUAUUUUUACGUCAAACACACUAAAAUGUUAAGUAUCCAAUAUAUGCCAAGUUUGUCCAUACUUUCUGGCUCUGUUCAUACACAAUAGGUCAUGCUGCUGACUUCCUCGCUCAGUCCAGACAUCACAAGCUUUAUCAAGGUGCCAAUUCAGAGUGAAGAUAUGUGAAACUUACACUUUUAAAAAUGUAUAUUUCUUCAGAAAGCUAUCAGGUUUUUAAUAAGAUAUGUAUAACAAGGUUAUUAAACUGCUUUGUUCAUGUUUCAUAUCUAAUUUAGUGUUUAAGAAUUGGAAUAUUUGAAUGUGAAAAUCUGCAUCUGUUAUCUAAAGGGUAAAUUAAUCUUAAUUCAGAGAGGGAGGGGAACAGUUAAACAAGCACAAAACAUCUGAGCAGUAAUCACUAAAGAACUGAGAGGGCACAGGGACAGAUUUAUAAGACUAAAACCUUUCAUUUUAAGACCCGUCUCAGCGGUAUGAAUUUGAUUGCUUGCACAUUACCAGUGUUGGCAGUUUGUGUUAAAUGUGUGCAAACUUUAUCUUAGAGCAUCACAAAACUAAAUGCUCCUACUGCCCUCCUACUUCUACAAAUGUUAGGCUUGGUUGGUUUUCCAGACAAAUUAAAUAAAUAUGAUCCUAACAACUGGAUUUUAGUGUUUUCCCUUUAAGACAGCAAGAUUAACACGUUCUCUCUCAUGUUCAGGAUCCCAUCAUCAGCCAAAACAAGCUGGAGGAAAUCAGGAAAAAAUUGCGUUUCACAGAGGUUCCUGUUGAGCAAGCAUUGCAUUUGUUUUGUGUGCAUCAGUCUCUUGUGUAAUUAAUGACAUCAUGUAGCUUUGCAGAUGAAAAAUAUGCUUAAAAGGUAUUUUGCAAUGUAGUUUAAAAUGCUAAAUAAAAGUGACAUUGUUCAGCUCUAGCUCCAGAGUUUAACUCCAAUCAUGGUUUCAGGGAAUGAAUCUGUUAUUUAGCUGUGUUUCAUGAGUUAAUAGACAUUAUGGGCUGUAUUCAGUUAUUUCACUGUAAACAAUGAAUACCUGGGAAAGGUUUCCAAUGCAAGUUUUGAAAUUUAACUAAAUGCUUACAGAUCUGGUGUAAUAUAAUGUGACAGCAGCCCCAGUACACGUGUUGUCUCCUUUAAAACUUCCUCACACCAGCUGUAAUUAUGUCAAUGUUGGCAGGUUCAUACUGCAAGCAAUAAAGUUUUUACCUUCAGAUGUC